CCCGGGGCGGCCGCGAGCCGAGCGCCCCCGGGCGGCACAGCGCCGCCGCCACCGGCGCCGGCUCAGUCGCCUCUGCAGCCGGGGUGCCGGGCUGACCGUCCGUCCUGUGUCCGUGUGAGACGAGGCGCGCCUCCAGUGUGAGCGUCGGCCCCGGACGGAGUGUGAGAGUGUGAGAACGGUGAGCUGUUGGAGUGAGUGCCGCACGGAGGACCGGUAGAUCGCGUGGUGUUGCACGGAGGAGGGAGCAGUCACGCCGCGGCUGAAGGAGGGAGCAGCGGGCGGACGCCGCCGGUCGGAGGAGCUGCGGCCACGCGCGGUGGAAGGAUCUCCAGCGAGCGGAGUGAUGCAGAAGACGGGCAAGGCGAGCAACCACGGCAGUCGCGUGGUGGCAAAGAAGCUGUGGAAGUCGCGCUCCAAGUCCCAGUCGCGCACCAGUCUCUCGUCCGCCUGUGUCUGGACACCUCAGGGCAGCUGCCAGUGGGUGAACAUCCAGAGCCGGGUGGUGACGCUGUGCGACACCACGCUUCUGCAGCUGACGGAGAUGGAGGCAGCCGCCGUGCAGCAGGUGGCCCUGCAGCGGCUGGCAGACUUCAACCUCGGCUGCACUGUGCGCAUUCCCAAAGACUUCAACGUGACGGCCGGCCACAAGCCGAAACGGAGACCCUACCUGCUGAAGAAGAGGCCGCUUACCACCGGCUUCUUCGAUACGGCCAAACGGGACGAGAAAGGGAACAACAACAACGCCCAGGGCCUGGUAUUCGGCAUUCCGCUCAAGACGUGCAUGGAGAACGACCGCCGGCUGCGCGGCCGGGGCGGCUCGCCGCUGCGAGACCGGCUCGACGAGCCGCUCAGCAGGAAGUCGUCCCACGGCGGCAGCCACGCCUCCUUCUCCUCCCUAAUGGACGCCAUCAGAGACAAGACGAGCGGCUCGUGCGAGUCUCUGAACAUCAUGGAGAAGCGCAGCUCGGUGCAGGACAGCAGUCUGUCGCUGGCUUCGGACGGCGGCGGUGCAGGAGCCGAGGCCGCCCUCCAGCCGCACGUGCCCCAGGUGCCUCAGCUGGUGACCGCCUGUAUCCGACACAUCGAGACCCACGGCCUGCACACAGUCGGCAUCUUCCGCGUCAGCAGCAGCAAGAAACGGGCCAGACAGCUGCGGGAGGAGUUUGACAGCGGCGCAGACGUGAAGCUCAGCGACGACCUGUGUCCGCACGACGUGGCCACGCUCAUCAAGGAGUACUUCCGGGACCUGCCGGAGCCGCUGCUGCCUCACGAUCUCUACCAGCCCUUCCUGGCGUCACAGAAGAUCAGGAACAGGAAGCAGCAGUUUGACUGCCUGCAGCACCUGAUCCAGCUGCUGGCCGUGCCCAACCGGGACACGCUGUGGGCGCUGCUCUGCUUCCUGAAGAAGGUGGCAGACUGCGCGGCAGACCGGCGUACCCCGGCGGGAGAGUGGCUCACCGGCAACCGCAUGGACAGUAACAACCUGGCCACCCUGUUCGCGCCUAACAUCCUGCACUCGCUGGCGCAGCUGGGUAACGAGCUAAGCCAGCAGGCCACCGAGCGCAUCGACGUCAUCAACGUGAUCCGCAGCCUGAUCGACCACAACAAGGAGCUGUUCGAGGUGUCGGCCGAGCUGCUGCACGAGGCCUAUCAGCUGCUGAUGGACAAGCAGCCCGAGGCGCUGGACGUCCUGCUGCGGCGGCGGCUGACCAGUCCCGGAGACGAGGUCGACCUGGAGCUGGACACGAGCAGCUCGGUGUUCGAGUGCAGUGAGGGCGGCUCGCAGCCGGCGACCGCCACCGAUCGGGAACGGACGCGGGACGGCGGCGACGAACUGAGAAGAAGAAAACGAGAACCAGCGCCUCAAGAACCCACUGUCAGCAAACCCACCGCGGAAAGAUCUCGCAGAUUUAGGCGGCGCCAGGAGGCUGACACGGGUCGGGAGCGCAGCCGGCGCCGGGACAAGUCCGGCUCGCGGGAGGACCUGGCGGGAGGCGGAGGCGGAGGGGGCUGGUUCCGGCGGCGGGUGCGCUCGUCCAGCUCCACUCGGCAGGCCUCCGAGGAGCAGCGCAGCUCCGAGGAGCGGCCGGCCACCUCGCGGUGGUUCCGGCGCCGCGACAAGUCCUCCUCCCAGGCGUCCGACUCCGGCUCGGAGCCGCGCGGCCGGCGCGGCAGCCUACAGGCCGCGGACCGGCCGCUGCUGAUGCGGCCCACGCCGCGCCAGCGCAGCAGCUCCGACCAGACGGUGGCCGCGCCGGCGCCGCAGCUGACCGGCCGCUGCGAGCGCCGGCUCAGCUCGCCCGAGCUGGACGUCAGCGGCGUCAUCACGGCCAGUCUGACGAUCCCGGCGCCGGCGUCGACGGGCGCGCUCAGCUCCACCGGCGCUGGCGACGACAUCCCCUACAUCGAGGAGUGUCAGACUGUGUCCGGCCUGGACGACGUGUUCCUGGCGGAGCGUGACUCGGCGCCGGUGCUCGACAGCCGGCAGCGGCACCGCUCGAGCAGCUCCGACUCGCACUGCUCCGAGCAGCCCAUCACCGGCUCUCUGAGCAUCCAGCCGCUGGCGCGCUCCGUCUCCGGCCAGGUCGGAGAACGAGGGUUCGUCAUCACGGCCGGCGGCGAGCCGGCGCGGCCGCAGCUGAAGGUGGUGCGAUCGCCGUCCGCCGACAGCACCGGCUCGGUGGGCUCGGAGGGCGGCCCGCCGGCGGCCGCGCCGCGCCGCCGCGUCCGGCCGCCGCCCGCCGACCACGUGACGCUCGGUCAACUCGUGCUACCCUCGGGCGGCGGCGGAGAGAUGGCCCGCUCGCGGACCUCGCCCAACAUCUCGCAGCACACGGUGGUGGCGGCGCCGGCGCCGGUGCGGCGCGUGCGCCCUCAGACGGCCGCCGCCGCCGAGUCGCCGCCGGCCGAGCCGCGCGUGCGCCGGCGAGCCGCCGAGGCCGAGGCGCCGCCGCGGCGGACGCGCCGGCCGGCCGGCCGCAGCGUCACUGCCAACGUGUACGAACUGAAAAAGUCAGAGAGCGCGUCGCCGACGGUGUGGAAGCGCCGCCAGCUGAUCGCCAGUGACACCCAGACGGGCGUGUAGCCCGCGCCGCGCCGCCGCCCACGUCAGCUCGCUAUGUAAAUAUCAGUGUCAAUGUUUUCCAAGUACAAUUUUUGUAUCAAUUUGGUAUUUGCGUCUGGUGUGGCAUUCACGGAAGGGAUAUAUGAUUAAAGUGACUAAUGGGAAGGAAUCAUGUAGGCCUUAUCACAUGCUGUGAUAUGAUAAAUGUUCUUGCCGCCGUACAGAAGGAACGUAUGUGCCUUGUAAUGUGAACACAAACUAUGAGUAGUGGCUUAUGGCGAGCACUUCAUCGCCAACUCAGCAAUACUGUCCAAGUUGAAAUAGAACACUUUCAGACA